CUAUAGUGCAGAUAACCGAAGUACCGAAAAGCUAUAAGUUGUAUGGACAUUCAACGGUACCCAAUAACCAGCUGUUUAUUAUUUGACGAGUUUAAGAUUGUCAUAAUUGAUAAAAUUAAAAUAUUAAGUGUUACGAAAUUAAAUUCUAUGAUAUAAGAAAAUCAAAUUUAUUUUAUGACGCUCAAUGUGAAUUAUAUAAAUAAUAUAUUUAAAGUAAAAUUGAUAUUUCAUUAAAUAAUGUUAUGUUGUUAUCUAUACAAAAGUGUUAAAUAUAUACAAUAAUUUAUAAUUUGUUACAUAUUGUACAAAUAAAAGCGAAAAAUUAUUUCUAUACAUUUAUGUUAUGUUUUUAAUUAACAAUGGGAGACAUUAUUGACCUAGAACAAUUUCUUACUGACACUUGGCGCGAUAUUGCUAAUUUUGUAAAUGAAUCUGCGGUCUAUAUAGAUCAUGCAGCAACAGAAUGCCUUCAUUGGCAUACGGGUGGCAAAAUAUAUUCCUUUUUUAAGGAUGCUGGUGCAGUAUCAGUUUACGAAUUGGCUAUGUAUAAUUUUCGUUAUGCCAAAGUACAAAAUUGCAAAAAGGCAGUUAUUAUUUCCACUUCUACCAAUCCUGCUUUUUAUCAACGUACAAUUAAAAUGAUAAUAGAAAAAAAUGCAUAUGAUCAUUAUAUAAUUAUCACUGCUGCACAUCCAGAUGUAUUGAAUUAUGAUGAUACAGUACCAUUAGAAGAUAGAAUGGAUUAUGCCAAAUUGAAAAGAGAUGUAAAAAAUUGGAUGCAUUCCAAUCAACAAUCGCAAGAUUAUUUGGUGACAAUACUAUUUCGUCCAAUUUUUAUUAGUCUAAUUGACAAUGAUUUGUUUGUGACACCAUCUUUUAAUGAUCUAUUAUCUCCUUUAGAUAGCACAUUGUUAAAAGAUUCCGAAUAUGAAAUUGAUCAUUUUGUGAGUUUAUUUAAUAGUUUAUUAACAUGUUUGAAUUUAAAAGAAGAUAUUUAUUCAAUGGGAAAAUUUAGCGAGCUCAUUGCUGAGAAAUUAGAAAUGUUACCAAUGGCUGUCGACCGUAGAAAUAAUCUAGUUGGUGCAAAAGAAAGAGGAGUAUCUUUAAUCUUUGUCGACAGAACAUUAGAUCUUUGUACUUCUACUAGUAAUAAUACUGAAUCAUUGUUAGCCAGAAUAUUGUGCACAUUAUCCCAUUUACCUCAUCACUGUAACGAUGUUGCAAUAAAUAUGUCACCUCUGUUCUGCGACACACAGUUUAAGGAAUAUAUCAAUGUACCAGGAUGUUUGGCUAGCAAUGAUAAAAAUCUAAUGAAUAUGUUAAUCACAAAAAAACAAAAAGAAGUAUUGACCACUACGAAUAAGAUGCUCAUCGAUAUACUUUCAACAAAAGAAAACUUAAAACUACGAGAGAACCUGAAACCAAAACUAGCAACAAGGAUUUCCGCGCAUAGUUUAGAGAAACUUGUAAAUAAAUUCAAAGACAUAGAUGAUCUUCAUGCUAUAUCUGAAUCAAGCAAGAGACUUCAAAUGGUGUUAGGAAUUAUACAAGCCUUAACAUCAGAAAAAACUUCCCAAAUAGAACUAUUGAUUAGUCUCGAAAAACUUGUUUUACAAAAUAUAGCUGUAAGUCGUGACUCUACGAGCGUGCUUGGACAAUUAAGUAAUAUAAUAAAAACCCGUGAAAAAAGAGGAUUAAAUACAGACAAUAUAUUAGCACUUUUAGUGCAUAUUUAUGCACUUGCUGGAACUGAAAUACAAUUUUCUCUUCAACAAGAGCAACAGUUGGAAGAAGCUAUUGCCAAUGCUGUAUUUGAAGAUAUCAUAAAAUUAAAGAAAGAUACAGUGAACAGUGAAAUGUCAAUAUAUCAACAAACAUUGUUACUUUUCGAUGUUACAAAUAUUGAGACUGCAAAGGAAACGUCUGAGAAGAUGGCGAAACAUAUUAUGAAUAUCUUACAUGAAAUAGCACAGCAACGUGCCUCUCUACACAAUUACACCUCCUUAAUGUCUAAAUCAAAUUCUCAAGAAAUUGUUCGACGUAUUGGCAUUUUGCAACAAUUAUUAACAGAUAUGCUCCAUCCAAAUAGAUUUGAACUUCCUGAUUUACAUCAAAGAUCACCUUCGCUUAUUUCUGCUGGAUUCAAUUUAUUUUCCAAAGGAAGAAUAAAGCACCAUCCUUGCGAUAACAAUUGGAUUAUCAUUUAUGUCAUUGGAGGUAUAACACCAGAAGAAGUAAGAGAGACUAAAGAAAUUAUAUCAUCAUUUAAUUCAAAUUGUCAAAUAACAAUAGGAGGUUCAAGACUGUUAAAGCCAUCAGACAUAGUGGAUAAGAUCCUUCUCUCAUCGAUUAAUUAUUGAUACAUUAUUUUAAUUUAAAUUAUCACUGAAUCCAUUUUAUGCCAGAAUCAGAGAUUGUAUAACAAAUCCGUUUUAUAUCAUCAGUAGAUUGUACAUGACAUACAAACUCAUGAGUUACAGGAUUUUUGUAAAGAUGCAACCUAUAAUUUAUACCCGUUCCUUGUAACAGAUUGGAAUGUGAUUGGUACUUGGACACUGGUCCAUCCCAUUUUGUAUAAAUUGUUAUCAUAUGAAAUUGAGAUGUUUGAAUCC